GGGCGCUGGUCCCGCAGGCGCAACGCCGUCGACGCCUUCCGCGUCAAUGUCAUCCAUGCGCGGCAGCAGGUGCGCUCGCCCGUCACCAACAUCGCCCGCACCAGCUUCUUCCACGUCAAGCGCUCCAACAUCUGGCUGGCUGCCGUCACCAAGCAGAAUGUCAACGCCGCCAUGGUGUUCGAGUUUCUCUACAAGAUGUGUGACGUGAUGACGGCCUACUUUGGGAAGAUCAGCGAGGAGAACAUAAAGAACAACUUCGUGCUGAUCUAUGAGCUGCUGGACGAAAUCCUGGACUUUGGCUAUCCUCAGAACUCGGAAACAGGCGCCCUGAAGACCUUCAUCACUCAGCAAGGCAUCAAGAGUCAGACUAAGGAAGAGCAGUCCCAGAUCACCAGCCAGGUGACUGGACAGAUUGGAUGGAGGCGUGAAGGGAUCAAAUACCGUCGCAACGAACUCUUCCUUGAUGUGCUGGAGAGCGUGAAUCUCCUGAUGUCCCCGCAGGGUCAGGUUCUGAGUGCCCAUGUCUCUGGCAGAGUGGUGAUGAAGAGUUACCUGAGUGGAAUGCCAGAGUGCAAAUUUGGCAUGAAUGACAAGAUUGUCAUUGAAAAACAGGGCAAAGGGACUGCGGAUGAAACGGGGAAAAGUGGCAAACAGUCCAUCGCCAUCGACGACUGCACUUUCCACCAGUGUGUGAGGCUCAGCAAGUUUGAUUCCGAGAGGAGCAUCAGCUUCAUUCCACCAGAUGGAGAGUUUGAGCUCAUGAGAUACCGAACCACUAAGGACAUUAUCCUUCCCUUCCGUGUGAUCCCACUGGUGCGGGAGGUGGGUCGGACCAAGCUGGAAGUGAAGGUGGUGAUCAAAUCAAAUUUCAAACCUUCCUUGCUGGCCCAGAAGAUAGAGGUCCGGAUCCCAACACCCCUCAACACCAGCGGAGUGCAGGUCAUCUGUAUGAAAGGGAAGGCAAAGUACAAGGCCAGUGAGAACGCCAUUGUCUGGAAGAUAAAACGUAUGGCUGGAAUGAAGGAAUCCCAGAUCAGUGCGGAGAUUGAACUGCUGCCCACCAAUGACAAGAAGAAGUGGGCUCGGCCCCCGAUCUCCAUGAACUUCGAGGUCCCUUUUGCACCCUCUGGGCUGAAGGUGCGCUACCUGAAAGUCUUUGAGCCAAAGCUGAACUACAGUGACCACGAUGUGAUAAAAUGGGUGAGGUACAUUGGCAGGAGUGGGAUCUACGAGACCAGAUGCUAGCCCCAGCAGGCUGGCGGGCCCCCUCUUCUCCAAGCCAUCCUCCGCCUCUCCUCAGUCUUCAGCUACAUUCAGAGAA